AUGUCGCAUCAUUCUAGAUCAUCGACUAUUGACUCCAGUGAGUCCAAUGAGUCCAAUGAGCUAUUCCUCGACUGUAUCGAAGAAGCUCUCCAAGAGUGUCCCCCGCCACAUCCCGAAGUCGCCACCACCGAGGACCCUGUGCUGGCCAGCAAAAGAAUUGCUGCAGCAAUCCAACUGCAGAAUGAGGAUCUGCGCCACCUUCUCCAUGACGCCCAAGCCAAGGCCCCUGGGGAUGAGAAAGCCCCCACCUCGGCCGCAGGGACGAGCCCAAGCCAGGGCAACGUCAUGGACAAGUUGAAUGCUGAGAUCGAGCAGCUGAGCAAUACGCUCAAAGCCGCCCGUGCAGACCUUGCCGCGGCCCAGUGGCAGCUACGAGAGGCGGGCCGAGUUCAGACUCAGGCACCAAACACCUUCGAGGCUACGAUGACGGAGGUCAUCGAGGCAGUCGAUAGCAAGUGGCAGGACUACAACUCCCUCGCAUCCGUCGCCGACCCGGCCAAAGAGAUCAAGCACCUGCGCCAGAGGAACAAGGAGCUUGAAGAGGAAAACAAGAACCUCGACAGGAAGGGCUUCAUACCCAAGAGGAUGCGCGACCUCGUCAACAAGGUCAAUGCGCUCAGGGAGAGAAACUCGGAGCUCACGGACAAGCUCAAGAGGAACGAGAGGUCAAAGGCAGACGUCGACAGGAUUGCUGAGCUCGAGGCGGAGAUUUCAAAAAUCACUCUAGAAAAAGCGGAUCUUUUCAAAAAGCAGAAAAGCAUCUUUCAUCUGUGCAAAGAGCUCAAUGAGAACCAGGGCCACAAAGGUGACCUGUCUGAAUACAAGAUGAAUGACAUGGUCUUUGAGAUGUUUGGGGAGUUUAUCAAGCAAAAGAUUGCUCAGUACAAGUAA